AUAACUACGCGCCCGACUGAUCAAAGUCCGUUUGUCGAGUUUGAUGAUUCUGUUCCGCCAAUCAAACAACGUGAGCGGGACUAAGGCGAGAAUCCUCGGGAAUCCAAGAUGGUUGCCAGUUAUCCAGAAGCUCUACGUUGGAGAGUAAUUUAUUUGUCAUAUGGAGAAGGGUUAAGAGUGAGUGAAAUAUCGCUGAUUCUGAAGGUCAGCGAAACGUUUGUGAAGAAAAUCAUACGUAUUUACAAUGGAACACAUUCUGUGAACGACAAUUCUCAUCGUGGCGGACGACCAAGGAUGCUAGAUGCACAUGAUAUUUUGCUCGUAAAAUCCAUAAUAGACCAAUAUCCAGAAGCCUACGAGGACGAAAUCAGUGAAUGGUUACGCCAUGUAACUGGAAAACACAUCAGUGUUCCCUCAAUAAGUAGACACUUGAGACAAAUUGGAUUUUCGAGGCGAAAGCUCAAUGUCAUUGCAAGGCAACGGGAUGAGAGGAAUCGGGCAGAAUAUCGCCAUAGAGUUAGUGCUUUCAUUAGGAACCAGUUAUUGUUCGUUGAUGAAUCUGCCAAAGACAGUCGAACUUUCCAGAGGAGAUAUGCAAGGGACCUUGUUGGGACAGGCCGAAUCUCAAUAAAAGGCAACUUCACAAGAGGUUCUAGAUAUAGCGUCCUUGCUGCUAUCAGUGUUGAUGGAGUGAUAGCUUCUCAUGUGAUAGACGGAGCUUAUGAUAGAGAGCAAUAUGAAUUUGCUUUUCUGCAGUUUAUUUUACCACACAUUGGAAGAUUUUCAAGACAGGAGGCAAAUUCUGUAAUAAUAAUGGAUAACUGCAUCAUCCACUAUUCAGAUGUUGUUACCAAUGCAGUGCGAAACAAGGGAGGAAUCAUAAUGUUUCUACCGCCUUAUUCACCUGAUUUUAAUCCAAUAGAAGAUUGUUUCAACUUCUGUAAGAAAUGGCUUCAAAGAAAUCAGGAAGUAUGUUACGGAUAUCCAAAACGUUGCUUUGAAAUUGCCCUAAACCAGGUUACUCAAGCUCAAAGCAUUGGAUUUUUUGAAGACUGUGGUUACUUAUAAUUCCACAAAUAAAAAGUAUAACUUAUUUCCUAUAUAGAAAUUAAGUCAAGCAACAUAAAUG